GAAAGACUUAAGGUGAAUGGAUCGGACAAAUGGUUUCAACCUUGCAAAGCUCAGGUAAUCUUGUUGUAUUAAACUAACGUCAUUUCUCCUAAUGUCACAAAAAGAACAGUUUUUGUUUUCCAUAAGAAGUUGGCUGAAAUUGCGUUUUUUCUACGGCUUACCUUUCUGUUUUUAUUGAAAUUAGGAAGAGGAAGACAAAUUGGGGUACCGCGUAUGUGUGGCCGAUGACGCUUUACUGGGUAAUGUCUUGAUUUCUAGUUUGUGACGUCCACAUUUGUUUUUGUUUGGUUGCUUGUUUGAUUAUAAGACAUUUAUGUUAAUUAUCAUAGCCAAGUGUCUCAUUUACAAGGGAAUUUUACUCUCCCUGAAUUUUUGUGGAGAAACACUCCAGCCCAAAGGAAAGUUGUUCUACAUAGUAACUCUACCUAGUUUCUUCAUGGGCUUGUCGUGACGUCCGAAUUAAUCUUAUUAUCUUAAUAAUUUAUAUUACUUUUCCAAGUUCUGCUUCCACCGAAGUUUACCCACCCGGAUUAACGAAGGAGCGUUUUUAUCUAAGUGAAAAACUCACAUUGCCAACGGACUGUUUUUAACAGAUUCUUCAUCACUCAAGCAUGGUAAAGUUUCACCUGAUGACCUUCCUCUUAUCGCUUGUGACCUUGUCUCCUGCUGGAAACGGUUUGGACGAGUGCUACUCCUAGAGGAACGACAGUUAGAGCAGAUUGAGGCAGAUGAGCAGAAACAGAUUGAAAAGAGCUAUGGUAUGUACGGCGGGGUUGGAAUGAUGUGUUUAUUGCAAGAUUGCUUAAAAGAUGAAUAAUCUGCAUGACCACCUUGCCUUUGGUCUAAAGACAUUGAAUUUGAAGUUAACGUAUGCUUUCACAUAAAUUUAGGAAUCAAGUGUACGCGUAUCGCAGUACACUGAGAAGAAUAUGAAUAAAGCUGAGACACGCCGCUUAAGAAAACACAGUUUGGUAUUUGGAGAGGCCAAAGGGGCCUAGACGUGACGUUAUCAUACAUAAGCGAAUGCCUUGGGUUCGAGUAUGUUUGUGUUGUAUAUUUUCUCCUGUUUUUCGUGUAUUAAAAUGAAGGUUACUUGAUCCCCCUUCAGGCGUGCUAAAGAAAUGGUUAGAGAUUUCUGGAGACAAGGCAGAAAAGGCAACUUAUCAGUGUCUGUACGCAGCAUUCAAAGAAGUGGAUCGAGCAGAUCUUGCUGCAAAGUACUGUGACAAGCACAGCAAUCCCUCGAAAGGUAAGUGCCGGUCUCUUGCGUAGUAAAAAACUCAACGAGUUUCGACUCCCGCCCGGCGUAGUUAAUCGACCCCAAUCGAACCGGUCAGUGUAAAACGCAGACUGCGGACUGCAGACUGCAGACUGCGGACCAGGGGUAAAAUGCAGACUGAGUGUAAAAUGCAGACUGCAGACUGAGAGUAAAACGCAGACCGGGGUAAAAUGCAGACCGAGCAUAAACUGUAGUCGUGGAAGGGUUUAAGGGCAAAAAAAUCCCGCAAAUACGUGUAAACGAACACUUACUUGAUGACAUCUGCUUUCACAAAUCCAUUCCUUUCUUCUCUGGAACGCAGUCGACGACCCGAAAACAUAAUCGCAAUCUUGGACCUUUUUUCCAUCCGAGAGACUUCACGCUUCAACUUUUGAUGCGAAGUUUUCGAUUUUCGUGACCAGGGACCCUGAACUGGUACAACACCACUGCUGACCCAAAAUACUGUACAGGAAUUAUGGCGAUAAAAACGGGAGUAAGUCAUUCCAACAGCAAAGAAAAGAUGUUCUGCAGGAAAUUUGGAUGACCUUCUAUGAAAGUAUUGCAAAUCAAGGUACGCAGACUUUAGCUGUUUGGAUGUUCAUUGAAACUUCUGGCGAAUGUGCAAUUCACUUCGACUAGGAAGCGAAGUGUGUAACUGAUACCGGCUGGCUAUUUCACCGAUUUGAAGAAGAAGGAGCACAAAUGUUUAAAAAAGUCUACAGUCUUUAUUCUGCAUUUUACCCCAUCCUACGUUUUACUCUUAGUCUGCAGUCUGCAUUUUACACUCAGUCUGCAUUUUAGCCCUGGUCCGCAGUCUGCAGUCUGCAGUCCGCAGUCUGCGUUUUACACUGACCGCAAUCGAACUCCAAUCGUUCUUUUCGGCAAUCGAAUUAAAUCGAACUCACCCCAACAUUUUGCCAAUCGAACACAAUUUAACGUUCGGAAAUCGAACACUUAAACAAUCAAACAUAAAACCAGUUUCAUCUGGCCGGGUUUCAAACAAGGCGUUCCGUUCUAAUACGUUAUGGAUUCGCUUCAAUUUCGCACACGGCGGUAAUGUCCUAGGAAAGACGUUUUGCAUGGUAUUACUGUGCUGUUCAUGUUUCCCAGUCUUAAUUGUGAAUUUAUCGAUUUUGAAUCACUUUAACAAUAACGAUUUUAGUUAAUUUCGGGUUAAUUGAAAUAUUUUUGUUUUCAAACUGCUUAUACAUACUAGAAGGAGAUCCUUCCGAUUCAAUUGAAACUGGAUGCGUUUUGUCUUUCUGCCGAACAAAAUCGAACUUAACGCGUCGAUUGAAUUCGAUUGGUUCGAUUGAGUUCGGUAAUCGAACUCACCGAAAAGUUCCAGUUCGAUUAUGCUCGAUUAUACCGAACCAAUCGAAGGACAAUCCGACCGAUUGGGUUCGAAUGGGUUCGAUUGAUUUUUGGUUCGGUUUCGUUCAAUUAGCUAUGCCUGGCUCCCGCUAACUCGGACCCUCGCUAAUUGGAACCUCGCACUAACUCCAAGCUUCCUCUCUUGUUAACUCGAACUUCUUACUAACUUGAAGCUACUUCUUUCCCUUUAGAUAAAUUUUGAUAUAAUUUUACCCAAGAUAAUUCGAACCAUAGUUUCCACGCGCGUGACACGUUCAAAACAAACAUAGCCUGUUUCAAGAGUUCAGAUAGUGGGGAAGUAGCCUAAAUUUCAGACAUUACUUCGAGUCGCUAAUUCCCUCAGUUACUGAGGCCUGGUUCAGACGCCGUACUUUUCAUGUCGAACCUAACUGAAUAAGUUCGACUUUGGAGCGACACUCGCACGACAUCUGAUUCAGACGGCGCACCGUUUGUCGAGCCUAACUAUAAAGUUCGACAAAAGUUCGACAGACUCUGUCGAACUUUUGCCGUACCAAACUGAUUCAGACGCCGCUAUUUUUCCGUACUUAAUUCAUCAGUUAGGUUCGGCACAUGAGUGGAGCGGCGUCUGAGGUAGUAAGCGACUCGAAGUAAUGUCUGUAAUUCAGGCUUAAGUGCAGGGGGAGGACGCAGAGAAAUCUGAGAAGGAUUACGCUCUUUUUUUAUAAGAAUAUAUUUUCUAAGAACAUCGAAGCGAAAAUGUGCGAAAUUUUAAGAACACUUUAAGUAUAAACCCCAGGCUGAGAUUUUGAAAAGGAUAUAAUAUUGUGUGCUGAAAGCCUGUACUAAAUACAUUACAAUUAUGUGUUUUUACCUAUUCCUUUAUCUAAAAGACAAAAGUAGCCAAAAAAACGAAAAAUCCCACACUAACUGUAGUUGAUACCGCAAUAUAUUCUUAAACGGAAAUGUCUUAAGCUAUAGUUUAAGAUUAAUACAAGAACAUUUUCAGCCUAAAAUCGGCAGAAAAAUAAGAAAAUUCAGCCAGGGCCGGAAAAACAACAUUCUUACAAAAAUAGCUAAAAAUGAGAGAGCAACUACCCGCUUUUUUUCUUUCGCUCACUAUUUCGCGCCACUGCUACACUAUCUGAACGUCUGAUAGAGAUUAAAACAAGCAGUGAACUGCAAUCCGAAAUUUUUGAAAGUUUUUGAAGCAGCUGUUGUUUUUUUGCAUUUGAAACAUUCUCCCAUAGUGAAAACGGUGUUUUCCCUAUUUACGUUUAUUUGCUUUCAAACUCCCGAUAACUCGAACUUUUCUGUAUUUCCGUCUGAAAUUACAGCCGCUGUAUCUCCAACUUGAUUUUUCUUGCUUCUGUUCAGGCUGUGAUGACUAAUAUUACUUGCUUCUUGUUAAAAUUCGUUCCUGUCACACAAACGACGCCUGUGGGGCAGGAACGCUUGACGAACCCCAUAGAACGUCUGUGUGAGAAGCUAAAAAGGGAGCCAGCUUAGAUUGUUAAAUCUGUUCGACUAGUGCGAGGGGCAUGUAGAAUAAUGCGCGCGGCCCAUUUUUAUAUUCGGAGAACUCUCUCAAGUAGCAUUUUAUUGCACGAUGUCCAUACUGAGCUUGUAUACAUCAUGAGUGGUUUGAAACCUGCGUUAAAGAAAAUUAUUCUCUGAUUUUUCUUCAAGUAUGGGCCGAUGUGGCGUAAAAGGCCGAGUCGCUUGAAAAGCUUGUUGCAGAGUUCAUCGACAUGUACUACUUACUACUAAGUACUACAUGUACUUCAUAAGUUAGGUCUUAAUCGAUGGUCAAGCCAAGAAGUUUAUGACCUUGCGACUUGUUCAAUUUUUGUGGUAUAUCCGUUACAACUUCCAGCAUUCCCGUAUCUUUAUCAAUACGCCUCCCUAUACACUUUACCGUAACCAACAAAGCUUUCGUUUUUUGCGUAUUUAUAUAUGUUUUGUUACCUCUAGCCCAUCUCUCCAUCUCUGCCAGAUCAUCAGAUAAUGAUGAGUACUGAAUAAACCGCUUUCUCUCAUACCAGUACGAUUUAAACCAAGCAACGGAAGAGGGAUCGGCCCCAUAGAUAUACUUUUUUUUCUUUGGUAGAAGUUCAUGAUCAAUUGCAUCAAAAGCUUUGCGAAACUAGUAUAAACAGAAGACCGGUCAACUCGUCAUUGUCCAUGUUUGUUAAUAUCUGAUCGGUAAGUUUGAUUAGGGCUGUUUCUGUAGAAUUUCCCGAUGUCCCGACCUAAAAGCUGAUUGCAGCUCGUACAACAAGUCAUAUUUCGCAAAAAUUUAAAAAGGGAGCUGGCUACUUGUUUUUCGAGAAUCUUCAGCUGGGAAGACGGGUAAAACAGAUACAACUGUUAAACCUCACACUGAACAAACUGCAAUGUUAGCUCGCGGAAUAACAAGAAAAAUAGUCGACAACUCGAACUUACUUACAACUCGAGGUUAGUUUAAGUUUGUUUAAGAGUAUGCUUCUUCAAAGGUUACAGUGUCACAGGCUAACCAGCUCGCCAUUACCGACGUGAACGUAUUCAAAAGCAAUUAGUCCUCUAGUUUUAUUUUUCGUUUAUUUGUUUUUGUUCCUGCUGUUUGGUUAUUGCUGUUGUCGUUUUACUACAUGAGGCAGAAGAGAUAUAAAGAUCUAAAUAUGUUUUAUUUAUAUGGCGCUAAAACUACAUACAGAUUCUAAGGCGCUGAUAAAAGCUGACAAACACUAACAGAUAACAAACAGUAUACUCAAUGAAAAUGAAAAUUAAACACCGCAAUCACUGUUCAAGGAUUGGAUCAUAGGGCAAAUGCCAAAUGAAAUAAAAAUAGCCUUUAGAGCCUGCUUAAAACCCUGAACACUUCGGAUACUCCUGACAGCUGAAGGAAGAAUGCCCAUGCGUACUUUCCUUUCUCUCCUUAGCUUGUAAUUCCAUCAACAAUUUUAAGCAACCGAAUAGACUGUCACCCUGCCUGGCUCAUAGCCAUGCAUACAUAAUAAGCAAGUAGAAAGAACUUUUCGGCUGAACCUGUCGAGAUCAACGUGUCGCAAGUCAGAUGGACAAGCUAUGAUAAUAGAUCAUAAUAAUCAACCAACGUUGACGAGUGAAAUGGUUUGUUUGUUUUGUUUUUUCACAGAUUUGGCUUUGCCUCCAUCCCCUCCAGUUAA